ACUUUCUCUUUAGAAGUAACAAAGCUUUUGGUUUCAAUGGUGCCAGAAGACGAAAGCAACAGUCAAGUUCAUUCAAUCCAAGAACCCUCAUCAUCUUCAAUUAGAACCAGAGUCAGAAGAAGAGUUUCCAAAUCGUUAAAGAAACUCAAUUUAGUUGUCCACAGAGAUAAGGAGUUUGUUGUUACCAAGGAGCUUUUAGAAUUAAAAGCAAAAGUUUUGGAGAAAUAGGACCUUGAACAGUAGUACUCCAUUCAUAACGUUUGCGUAUCGGUUUAUCGAAGUGAAGCUUUUGUCAUUGCAAGUUAUACCAAACUGACCAAAAUAACUUAAAAGUUGCUCGUUACUAAAAAAACUGUUGAACUUAGAGAUAUACUAACAAAAGUUGAUCUAAGUUUCUGUUUUGUUUGGAUAUCAUAUUUUUCAAAAUGACUACUUCAUUAUAUCAAGGUCCUAAGUUGUUUUGUUGAAAUGAAACUAAUUG